AUAUAACACCCUCCUUGUUGCCAUUCCUGGAAACACAGAAGCGAGGAAGCGCCUAAUCUUUUGAAGUCCCCUCUGUUCAACUCAAAUCUCGUUCCUCUGACAAACAGUGCACUGUUCACCUCGUUGACUCACGACUCUGCACUGCCGGCUUAUUCCAAGUAAAUUCUGCCAUAUGCUUGGUCUUCUCUGGGGGAUUUAAAGAAAGUCCCCCAUGUCCACCAAAUCUUUCUCAACCCACUGGAAUUUAAAAUCCCUGUUCCCAAACACCUGUUUUCUCCAUUUUCAUCCCAAAUCCUUUCCCAAUGCUCUCCCAUUCUCAUUCUUUCAGUACCCAAGAAUCCACUGUCCCAAGACUUACUUUCCUCAACCACCGUUGGCUCUAUCCUAUCCCAGUGACCAAACUUCUCACAAUCUAACCCAAGCCCAGGAAUCUGUUUCCGAGUACCUCCAAGACCUGGGGCUUUCCUUGGAGGACUCCAUUUCCAUAGCUUCUAAUUCCCCCAAGUACACGCAAAUGCUGGUGGAUGGUGUUAAGGAGCUGGAGGAAUGGAAUGCUUGGAAUAAUAGUAAUGGCGAAGGGGAUCAUUUGGGGUUUAAGGAAAUGGUUAUUUAUAUGGCCAAGGAGAAGGGUGAUAACGGAAAGGUUGCAUUUUUGGAGAGUGUGGGUUUGACACUCUCUUCGGCUAUGAGUGUUGCACGUUAUUUGUCCUCAGAAUCUCUUCCAAGUUUAAUUCAUAAGGUUAAGUAUAUGAAGGAAAUAAUCUUUUCUGGUGGUGAUGAUAAAUGGCUCAGUGGUAAAAAUGCUCGCCGUAUGAUGAUGUACUUGUCAAUUCCUUCUGAUGAAGAUGUGGAGCAAACCUUAUCCUUCUUUGAAAAGAUAGAAGCGAGACGUGGAGGUUUAGACAUGUUGGGCUCAGUAGAUGCAACUUUUAGAUUUCUAUUGGAAUCAUUUCCGCGUAUUUUACUGUUGCCAGUGGAGUCCCAUUUGAUACCUCUUGUUGAAUUACUUGAAAAUGUUGGAGUUCCAAGGGGAUCUAUAGGAAAAGUAUUUUUGUUGUUUCCACCUGUCUUGUUUUGCAACGUUCAGGGCAUUAAAACAAAAGCUUCAGCUUUCGAGAAGGUUGGUGCAGCAAAUAAAGAUGUUGGCAAGAUGUUGCUAAAAUAUCCAUGGAUUCUUUCAACAAGUAUUCAAAAUAAUUAUGAGCAUAUCCUUUUGUUUUUUGAGGAAGAAAAGAUACCAAAAGCGAGUGUGGACCGGGCAAUUAGAAGCUGGCCUCAUAUAUUGGGUUGUUCAAUAAGUAAGUUAAAGUUGAUGGUGGAACAAUUUGGUGAAUUAGAUGUUAGAAACAAGAAGUUGGGCCGGGUUAUUGCCAAAAGCCCCCAACUACUAUUACGAAAACCUCAAGAAUUGCUCCAGUUUGUUCUAUUUUUGGAAGGCCUCGGUUUUGAUCGGGAAACCGUGGGGAAGCUAGGCUGUCGCUGUCCUGAAAUUUUUGCUGCCAACAUCGAUAAAACUCUGAAGAAAAAGAUUGAAUUCCUUGUAGAGUUGGGUAUUUCCAAUCACCACCUUCCUUGGGUCAUUAAAAAAUAUCCAGAGCUUCUUGUGUCUGAUGUGGACAAAACUUUACGUCCUCGGAUCCAGUACUUGAUGGAGAUAGGGCUGUCAAAGAGGGAGAUUGCUUUAAUGGUACGUAGGUUUUCUCCAUUACUAGGGUACAGCAUUGAGGAGGUAUUGAGACCGAAACUCAAAUUCCUUCUAGACACCAUGGAAAAGCCAGUGAAGGAUGUGGUGGACUAUCCAAGGUUCUUCAGUUAUUCAUUAGAAAAGAAAAUAAAACCCAGAUUCUGGGUACUUAAGGGAAGAAAUAUGGAAUGUAGCUUAAAAGAUAUGUUAGGUAAAAAUGAUGAGGAGUUUGCUGCUGAGUUUAUGGGUGUUGGAAGGAUGCUUAUUUCACCGUCCUCUCAUCAAUGAUUUGUUGUAAGAUUAAAUUGUCUGUGAUGAUAACUUCUUGUUUGUAAAUGCUAGAUAGGCGAUCUCUUAAGUACAUAUCAUCUCGUUUUUUCCA